AUGUCACGAAGAACUCGUUUCUUUUGGGGAAUAUUUCUCUGCUGUCUGAUCAUCCAGUUUUACUUUAUUUAUUGGAAUAGUCGAAAAUCGUUUCGCGAAUUUCCCAACGAUGAAAAUUAUUUUAAUGAAACGCUUGCAAAACUAUUAGUACCUCGAUGGGCUGGAAGUCCAGGUCAUAUCCAAGUGAGCGAUUUUCUAGUUAAAAGCUUGAAGAAACGGGGAUUUCAUACGGUACUCGAUCAUUUUUACGAUGGGAUACCAUUUACCAAUAUUGUGGCUAUUAUGAAUAUGGAAGCAAAUAAUUUUCUGAUGCUUUCUUGUCACUACGAUUCAAAGUUUCUAAAUGGCUCCACGAAUUAUCUGGUCUUCUUUGAUGGUCACGAAUCUUUUGAGGAUGUUAAUGACGACUUCAAUUCACUGAAUGGAUCGCGACACUUUACCGAGGUGGAACUGAUACUAAUGCAGAGUAUUGAGGUUGUUAUCGCUUUCAACUUGAUUGGUGCACCCAAUCAUAUUUAUAUGAGUCACUAUGAGCGUACGUAUAAGCUGCACACACGCAUGGCGGAUAUUGAGCAGGAACUGAGAGAAUCGGGAAAGCUUAGCAACUGCCAUCAACUGUUUCAUAAGCUGAAAGAUCAUGAGAGCGAUAUCGAAGAUGAUCAUUAUCCAUUUCUUUUGAAGGGUGUACCAGCUUUGCAUAUUAUUCCCCAUACCUUUCCAGAUGUUUGGCAUACCGAAUCUGAUACCAUUCAGAAUCUGCAUUUCCCAACUAUUCGAAAUAUGAACUUAAUCGUUACUCGAUUUGUUUAUAAAUAUUUAAAUGAUCAUGUAAGCGAUAAAGAUAUAGAAAGUCGAUUUGAUUAGAGUAUAUAUUUUAUAAAAAGUUUUUAUUAUAUUAAAAAUAUUAAAAUGUGUUCAAAAGAUUUUUUUUAACCGAUUCCGUCUGAUAAUUAAUGACUUAUGACCAAUGGACCUAAGUGGGAAAACACACAUUUUGAAUGGAAAUAAAAUUACUUUUUAACAUUA